CCUGUGCUUGGCUUGACAGUCACUCUUUCAAUAAGCUCUUCCACUGGAUGCAACCAUCUCUUGAUGGAAGUGGCUACCGGAGACCACUCAAUUGAUGUCAAUGCAUUCUGUAUCCAGUGGGUCCUUUGUUUGAUCCUCUUCAGAUGGUAAAGGGUUUGUGAGAUGAGCAGCUAAGGAAAAUCGGACCUAUACAGAACACCAACUACCGGGAUCCGCAGCUAACAUCACAGAGGGGGGGUUAUUUGAACCAUAAUGAUGGAGAAUACUAAUGGUAUAGAAAAUGGUACACGUACACCGGACAAUUUUACAGAUUUCUAUAAUUUUACUGAAAAUGCGAUUAACACCACCACUGGUGGCGUGUCAUCCACCGCGCAUUUUCCGGUGAGUCUUUCUGAGUUUGUUACGCUCGCCGAAAUGGUUGUCACCAGAGAGCCAGCGUCUAUCGAGGGGACCACUCUAAGGACUACUGCCGCGGGGACUUGGGGAGCAGAAGUUAACUCUACUAUUGCUGGCUCUGCUAAUCUGGUCGUUGCCUUCUGGAAUUCUCCCCUCAAUCAUGGGAUAAACGUGUUUGUUGGGAUUGUGCUUUGUUUUACAAUGCUGGGUCUGGGGUGCACCGUCGAGGUGAGCCAGCUUGGUGAGCACGUCAGAAGACCCAUCGGGGUCCUCCUAGCUCUCAUAUCCCAGUUUGUGAUUAUGCCGCUGGUGGCGUUCCUCCUAGCGCUGAUCUUCAACCUGGAUGAGGUGGCUGCAAUCGCUGUGCUAUUGUGUGGCUGCUGUCCAGGGGGUAACCUUUCUAACAUCUUGUCGCUUCUAGUGAAUGGGGAGAUGAACCUCAGUAUUAUAAUGACAAUCUCCUCUACGGCGCUAGCUCUCUUCUUAAUGCCCCUGUGCCUCUGGAUUUAUAGUCGCGCUUGGAUUAACACUCCUAUUGUGGAUUUGAUGCCUUUCGGAGCCAUCAUCCUCACCCUGUGCAGCACCCUGAUCCCGAUAGGGCUGGGGGUCUUCGUGCGGUACAGGUAUAACAGGGUCGCUGACAUCAUCUUAAAGAUAUCCCUGUGGUCCUUACUGGUGACUCUGUUUACUCUCUUCAUCUUGACUGGAACCAUGCUGGGACCCGAGUUGCUGGCCACUAUCCCAGCAUCAGUCUAUGUGGUGGCUGUCCUGAUGCCCCUCGCGGGUUACGCCGCAGGAUAUGGACUUGGCACGCUUUUCAAACUUCCACCAAACAGCAAGAGGACAGUGUCACUGGAGACUGGCUGUCAAAAUGUUCAGCUCUGCACCGCGAUUCUCAAACUGGCCUUCCCACCCCAGAUCAUCGGCGGUAUUUACAUGUUCCCACUGCUCUAUGCUCUAUUCCAAGCGGCAGAAGCUGGCCUUUUUAUAUUAGGGUAUAAGAUGUACAGAAAAGAUAUCCUGCAUAAGCAAGAAGCGCUGGAUGAAGAUGAUGACACAGAUGUUACUUAUAAAAAACUAAAAGAAGAGGAGGUUGGAGUAGAUACAGCUUAUGGUUCAGUUACUGUUAACGACCCGAAUUCAAUAAUGAUGGAAUCUAGACAAAGCCCACUUGAAAUAUAGCGGGUUUAUGACAAACAUAUUUAUGGCUAACUCAAAACCUCUAAAAUGUGAUUUGUCAUGUGUAACUCGGAUGAGGCCAACUAAAUGGUAUUAUAAUUAUCACCAUAGUAUAGUACUUAUUGUUUUACUUGUUAGUUACUUAUGUGGUUAUGCAAAUGUACCUCCUAACAUAACGGAUAUAUUCAAAUACAUAAAUAAGACAUUAGGGCAAUAAGGAAUACAAUACACUUAGUCAUAACACUGAGCAAAUGAUUUAAUAUGGGCCAUAUUCACCAAGCAUUAUCUCUAAUGCAAAACAUACACCACUUUUUUCUCCUGUUUUCAUAAACUCUGUACACACAGCCAUGGUUGAUACUGGAUAGCUAUUGAUCAAAUCAACAUAUAAUAUUACAUAACAAACCGCGAGAAAAAUCAACAAAUUUAGUACAUCAUUUCUACUUUGUGUAUGGACAAUGGAAAUGAGUGGGGUGGGAACAGGGCUUGGUUAUACAAUGGUAUAGCUAACUUGAAAUCUGCAACUGUUUAAGAGCUGAAAACAAUUAAACAGGUUAAUUAAGCAAAGUAUCAGUUCAAUUAAGGGCCUAGUUAAGUAACUGAGAGCUCAGUUGGAAUGAAAACCAGCAGUUUUAGAGAUUAAUUGAUUCAAAUUAAAUCAGCGCCCUUUUGUGAAUCAGGAUGCUGAGAGGGCAAACUUUUUUGUUCGUACUUCAUAUCUUAAACCUUCACACUUCCCUGUGUUAUUUAUACAAAUCAAGAUUCAAUAUUGUAACGACCCGGGCAACGGCUUCGUUGCAGGACUCUUUGCCUGUCUCGUUUGUUUGUCUUGUCCUGUCCUAUCUGUUAUAGGUAUUGUGAGGGACGGGUCACACCUUUAAGAGUAGGGAAGGGGAGAAGGUA